AGAGACAGAGAGCCAUCGAGGGCAAACCUCGCGCUCCAAGCCCGAGAAUCGGCGGGCAACCCACGUACGCGGACCAGGUCAGAAGGGGGAAGAACCGCGCGGUGGCGGCGACACAGGCCACCAACUACAAUCCUAGGAUAAAAAAUCAAGCUACCGCAGCAGGUAUUCAAGCUGUCCUCCUGUGCGCCACGGGGGCGCCAAACAGGCAGCUGGGUAAUGGUCGCAGCGCUGGCCUGCUGCUGCGCCUCUCUUCGCGCUGGGGGCAUGACGGAGUCCAUCCGUCGAUAUCUGAGAGAG